GCUUCCUUUCCACUCUCCGCCCGCCGGAGCCACCGGAAGCGGAGGGAGCCGGGCGGAAAGGAGCGGAAAGCCCGUGACAGCCACCAGAGCCGCCACCUCCCUCCUGUCACCCGGGUCACACCCCCGCCAGACCGCCGGGACACCCGCGCUGUCACCCCGUCCAGUGUCACACCCCCGUAGGUGUCCGGCCAUGGCCAAGAACACACUGUCGUCGCGUUUCCGCAAGGUGGACAUCGAUGAGUACGACGAGAACAAGUUCGUGGACGAGCAGCUACAGGAGGAGCCGGCGGAGCUCCAGGGGCCGGACGAGGGCGAAGUGGACGGGCUCAUCAGGCAAGGGGACCUGCUCCGAGCUUUCCACGCUGCCUUCCGGAACUCUCCUGUCAACUCCAAAAACCAAAUAGUAAAGGAACGUACCCAGGCAAUUGUACUGAAGGUCCUGACAUCGUUUAAAAGCAACGAGAUUGAGCAAGCGGUAAAAACACUGGAUCGAAACGGGAUCGACCUGCUAAUGAAAUACAUCUACAAGGGGUUUGAAAAGCCCACAGAGAACAGCAGCGCGAUAUUGCUACAGUGGCACGAAAAGGCAUUAGUAAUAGGAGGCAUUGGCUCCAUAGUCCGAGUUCUGACCUCACGGAAAACGGUGUAAGAGACUGUAUUAGCUGAAUGGAGAAGUUUAUGUUCCGGGGCUCCAGCGCAGUGAAGGAAGAGUGGACGCAGAGGCCCGUCUGUCUGCAGAGAGCUAUAUAUUAAACUGUUUUGGAAAAUUCAA